AUGAAAACUUUAUCUGUGAUAGGAUAUGGAAUUUUAGUCUGGUGUAUUUACCUGCCAGUUAUCAGGAGAAGUAGUUACUGUGACAUCAAAUACACAAAGUCCCAGAAAUAUUCUAAAAAAUGCAGUUGGGGUACUUCAUGGGGACGAUGGUUUCAAUGUACAAAAUACAGGAUUGUGGAAAAAUAUAAGAAAGGUUGUUGUCGUGGUUGGACAAGUUCUGGAUGCGGUAAAGCGAUAUGCGGAGGAAAGGUAGAUCCAGGAGCGUGUGAUCGAUAUUUUCCCGAUUCUCAUAUUGUUUUGGCCAAUAAAAGUAUCGACACAAACAGCGGUGGUACUUGCAAUCAACCUAAUAAAUGUGAAUGUGAUAAAGCAGGAUUCUUUUCUGUCGGCACCCAUUGUGACAUCUGUUCAGCUAUAAAUAAUUGUGAUCUGGAAUAUUGUACAACUAAAACUAAUCAACUCUGUCAUAGAUGUGAAGGGUUUGUGGCAAAUAUGACUGGACGUCAGGCUUAUAUACGAUCGAUGGACCACAGGCUUUGCACAAAAGCCUGUUCAUGGAGACCUGAUAGCUCAAGAUGUUUUCCUGGUAUUUGUAAAGAUGAUCUAUACGCAAAUUGUAAUUGUUCUAAUGGAUUUACAGGAAAUCACUGUGAGAAAAUUAUGGCUAAACCAGAAAUGUUGUACAAUGAAGUGACAUUAACUGCUGAAAAUGGUGAAAUGAGACAGACGCCAGAAGAUGUCAACUCUGCACAACCUGAGCCGAUAUCCUGGACCAACUUACUCAAUCCCGUUUCUAUUCAAUAUCAGUUUCAGUCUCGAUUUCUUAAACCUAAUCCAGACCCUCGACAUGCUUUUAUAAUGGAAUUUAAAGCUGGUAUAAUCCAUGGGCAAAUAACCUUCACCAAACUGAGGACUGUAUGGAAAUGGGUUGAGGUACCUGUUAAUAUCAGUAUUGAUGGAAACGCUAUAGACUAUGAUAAUAUAACUGAUGCUAGUGCCUUCAAUCUUACUGAUGACACUGAUUCUUACUGUGAGUUAAUGGGCAUGAAUGGUACUCAGUUUGUAUUGAACGAAACUACCAAUAUGUUAAUGAACAAAACUGAUGUGUCAACAAAUGGAACCGAUUUGUCAAUAAACGGAACUGAUUAUAUCACAACUGAUACAAACACAACAUCAUGUUCAAUUUGGGUAUGGAAACAAGUUAAUGUAACGGAAACACAAACUGAUAUUUGUCCGGCAUCAACCAGCAGAGAUGACCCAAACCAAGCUGUAUUUGCUUGUGCAAAACUUUUAGAAACAAAUUUUUCUCAAGAGUUUCUACACAAAGAUAUGUUAGAGGUGAACAUCACGUUAGUAGUUGGUGGAUUUGUCAAGUUAACUAAUUUUGAAACUGAGAGUAAUGAAACUCAUUAUUUUGAAAGUAGUACUUUACAACAUGUAUAUGAAAUACGAUUUGAUAAUGUACCUCCCUACCACUGUCAACCUGUAUUAGAUUGUAAUCAAACCAUGUUAUCUGAUAUAGACGGGUCCCAACAGACGGAGAAUACUCUAUCAUGGGAUGGCUGGAUGGAUGAUGAUGGGGGUAUAGGUGUUUAUGAGAUUGAAGUGUUCAGUUUAAAACCAGCAGGUGAUAUUCUUGUGAUUGGUGAAAGUGUCCAGAACCACUACACAACCUCAAACAAUUUGACAUUUCAUCUUACUACACCAAGCGCCUAUGCGAUUAUAUUUACUGCUAAAGACAAGGCAGGAAAUACACAAACAGCUAGAAGAAUUUUGGUAUUUGACGACUCAUCCAAUAUUACAACUACUCAUACCAGUCAAUUUCUAGCUACAACAGCCCUACCUUCUACUAACUAUGUCUGGCAACAAAAUCAUGGUCCUGUUACUAUUGACUGGGAAAAAAGGUAUAUUAAUACUAAACACCAUAAUGGUAAAUAUCUAGCUGGGGUUGGACAGUAUCACGACGUGUCUAGUGAAUAUGAUGAUAAUAAUGGUACCAGAACAGUUGAACCAGUGGACAAUGUUCUAGGUAUAGUACGCUAUGAAACAUAUUAUGGGGUAGAUGACCAAGGAGGUUCUACCAUUCAACAAACAGAUACUGAUUUUAAUACUACUGGUAAUCUGAACCAAUCUAUAACAAUUUCUCCUACAUUACAAGAUGGUGAUACUGUAAAAUUUUAUAUCAGAGCUUAUGACAUAGUAGAUUUCUUCCUGGAAGAAAUCAUCUCGCUUUAUUUUGAUACUUCUCCACCUGUUAUAAAAGAUCUAUGGUUAACUAAAGGAGAUGAUUUAAAUAUAGCUGUCCAUGGACUUCAAGAUUUCAAUAAACUCGUAAUAGAAUGGAUAGCCUAUGAUCUUCACAGUGGAUUAGAAACAGUGGAGUGGAAACUUUACGAUAAUUUUACUGGUGAUGUUAUAUUACAUGGUUCACAACAUAUACCAGUACAAGGGGAAGCACAGACUCAUACAGAUUGUGAAGAGAAAUACCAGAAUUAUUCUCGAGGAUCUGAUUGUUAUUGUACACCUGCUGUUGGUUGUUAUCAUCAACAUUUUCAAGUUAAACCUGGUGUUUCAUUAGAUAAAGGGACUGGAAUAAUUCAAGGAAAAGAUCAAGGUGUACAUGAUUAUGAUUAUUAUAUUGAAGUUAAUGUUAUGAACAAUGCUAAAUUACAUUCAACACUCACAUACAAGAUUACCAUUGAUACAAGUCCACCACAUGUUGGUGCUGUACAUGAUGGUAGAGAUGGUGAACCGGAAGUAGAUUACCAACCAGUUAAAACUUUACAGGCACAUUGGGAAGGAUUUUUUGAUAAAGAAAGUGGUGUGAGAUAUUAUCACUAUGGUUUUUCUACUGGAUGUUUAACUGCUGAAGACUUUCAUUUUGAAAUCCAGAACACUCCAGAAAUCAAUGAAACAUCAGUAACUCACGCUACCUGGUUAGCACCUACAGAUGGACAGUAUUAUAUCACAGUGGUAGCCUAUAACGCAGCUCUACAACCCUCUCAACCUGUAUGUUCUGAUGGUGUUGUUAUAGAUUCAACACGACCUAUCGUCAGUGAAAUAUUUAUAGAUCAAGCAAGAAUAGAAGCAGGAUUAGUAUCCAACGAUAGAAAGUUAUAUUAUAUCAAUAAUAGAAGACAGAUUCAUCAAAUACAGAAUCCAGAUCCUGAUUGUCUACAAAAAGGAAGACCAAUAGAAGAUAUAUCGUUGUUUCCAGUAGAAAGAUAUCCCAAUCAAACAAUACAAGAUAGAGAUUUAUGUCAAGAAGAAACAUUACCUAUACAAUAUCUAACACAAUCAUACCUAGUAGAACAUUCACAUAUAUAUGUAAACUGGACUGGUUUAGAUGUAGAAUCUGGUAUUUAUGAUUAUCAGUUUGGUUUAUCAUCAGAGAGAGAUUCUAUACCUGACUUAUUACCAUUUCACUCUACAAAUCAUCAUGCAUGGUACCGUGGUUAUCAUCCACAACUUACUGAUGGUACAGAAUUCUUUAUUCAGAUUAAAGCUACGAAUAAAGCUGGACUAGAAACAAUUCAGACUCUUGGACCACUGAUAGUUCAUACUUCUAAACCGAAAUUUAGUGGUAAAAUUGAUGUGGUAUUAAAUAAUAAUCUGUUGAUAGCCAAUUGGUCCAAUGCUGUAGUUAAAGAUCCUGGUCACAGUCAACUGAGAUAUACAGCAGCUAUUGGUACAACUCAAGGCGGUCAAGAAAUCACCAAGUUUUCAAAUUUAAACUUCAAUGUACCCUGUCUUGAAGCCUUACCACCCACCUGUACUGUAUUUGAUAUUAUGAAAUUAGACUGGAGUUUACAUCAUGGAUAUAAAUAUUAUAUAUCUAUUAAAAUAGAAAAUACAGUUGGUCUUCAUACAGUAAUAUCAUCAGAAUCUUUAACAUAUAAAUCAUUAUUACCAUCUAAAGGUGUUGUAAUUGAUGUUGGUUUAAACAGUGAAAUUGACUCCUUCAAUAUUUCGGAACUUGAAGACAGUGACUAUCAACUAUCUACUAGUAUGGUUAGUGUACGAUGGUAUGGAUUUGAAUCUGAAGAAGAAAUAUCUACAGGUAUUAAUUAUAAAGUAGGAAUAAAGAGGGAGAAUGACAGUGAAUUUCUACAAUCUGUUCAUGUCAGCCAACAAACUGAAUACACCUUCAUUGGCCUCCAGUUACACCAUUAUCAGAAAUAUAUUGUAUCAGUAACUGCUACAGUAGCUGGUGUUGGUAGUGUGACGUCAUCAUCUGAUGGAAUAACAGUUGUUAAAAUAUCAGAAGAUUUGAGUGAUGAAGUGGAAUUAAAAGAUGGCGCUGCUUGUAUAACGCCAAGUGAUCUGGAAGCCAACCAUUACUAUAAUUCUACUAUCAUCUAUUGUGGAGAACCUGGUUAUCAACCAUCUAGUUCUAGUUACAGUAUAAAGUGGAAUAUUUCUAAUAAAUAUUAUAAUAUAUAUCCCCAUAUUAAAUGGUCUUUACAAAAACAACACCAAAAUACUGAUAUAUGGCUAAAUGAAUACGAAAAGACAUUGUACACAAGAGAUAAAAUGCUGACACUACCAUACCGUUUAGAAGUUUGUGAAUCCUAUAGAAGUCGAAUACAAUUUUGUAUUGACAACGUUUGUUCUAAACCUGUUUAUUCCGAAGGUGUUACAAUCCUAGGAAAACCCGACAAACCAAAAAUGAAUAUAUUGAUGACCACAGAUCAGAAGCUGGAUGUUGCAUUAGAGUUUACAAAAACCACUGAAUCUUGUAAUAAAGUAAUUAAAAGACUCGAAUGGAGUAUAACAGAUGAUCACAAUGGUCGUCUGUAUACAUUAUGGAAGAAUGUUGCGAAAAUUAUUAUUAACGAUAACAAGAUUCAGUUGAAAAUAAUGCUAGAUGGUAAAAUAAACUCAAAUAAAUGUAGAAGAUUGACUCUACGACUAUUUAAUAGGGCAGGGUUAUCAACCUUGAUCUCCAAACAGAUUCAUUACUGCUCAGCUGUAGAUCCAAUACUGAUACGACCAGCUAUAGUUCUAGAUGCUGUUCGACAAGUGAAUAGAAAUGGAAUCAAACUAGAUCAAAAUGUCAGGUGGAACGAGCCGGAUGUAGACUAUACUCCCUAUAAUGAUAUAAUAUCUGCUAUAUGGCCGACAUUGAGGCAUAGAAACUACACGUGGGGAUUAUUAGAGGGUCCAUUACAACCCACGUCAACUUUAUACAGUAAUCCUGAUAUCAUUAUACCAGAUCCUUGUUCUCAUCCUGCUAUUGUCAUAUGUGGACAUUCAGUACAAGAAUAUAUUAAUAUAAAACCACCACAACUAUUAAAACAUGGUAGAAGAUAUCAUGUUUGUCUUCAUGCUGAUUCUACAACACUACAACAUGAGAAAUGGGAUGAAGAUCUAGAAGAAAUUAAUAGUUGUAGUGAUGGUAUAACAGUUGAUUUAACUCCCCCUAGUGGAGGUCGAGUCUGGAUACAAACAGAUACUGAUACUAACUAUCAGGUGUCUAUUAAUACUCUGGUUGUAUUCUGGGAUUCAUUUAUUGAUGUCGAAGAAGAAGGAGGAGCUGUACAUCCUAGUGGAAUUUCACAUUAUACUAUACAAAUAGGCUCUUCAAGUUCUAGGUCUGAUGCAUUUUCACCUAUUACUGUUGGUCUUAUAAAUCACCAGGUUUUUCAUAACUUAACCCUACAAAAUGGUCACCAAUACUUCGCUACAGUCCAAGCUGUUGAUUUUGUCAAUAGAAAUAAAACAGUAGUCAGUGAUGGAAUAAUUAUUGAUUAUACAGCUCCGGAAAUACUUCUAAACAGAAUACAGACACCUUCACCAUAUCUCACAUCUUUAGAUACAAUAUCAGCUUGUUGGACGGGAAGUUUUAGAGAUAGUGAAAGUGGUAUUAAAUUAUAUAAAUGGUCCGUAGGUAGUAGACCAGGUCAAACAGACAUAUUAAAAACACGAGAAACAGUUGAAGAUUGUUAUGAAUCUUCAUUAGAUGUUAAAUUUCAGGAUGGUUUUACUUAUUAUAUUAGUGUACAGGCCAUAAAUGGAGUUGGGAUGUCUACCAUGUUAAUAUCACGACCACUAAUAGUGGAUACAACACCACCAAUAACAGGAUUAGUAUUGGAUGGUAUUUCUGGUGAUAACAACAUAGCGGAUAUUGAUUAUAUCUCUUAUACUCUACCACCUUCUGUUAGAUGGGAAAGAUUCCAUGAUUCCCAUUCGUCUAUUAAACAUUAUUCUGUUAAAAUUGGAACUUGUCCUGGAUGUGAUGACAUUUUAUCACAAACAGAAACUGGUACCUCUCAUAAUUUCACUUUCACUAACAUCAGAUUUAUUCCUGGUAUUAAAUACUUUACCAUGGUAACCGGAUGUAAUAUGGCGGAACUUUGUUCAGCAAUGUCUUCUGAUGGUUUUAUUAUUGACGUCACACCUCCAAUUCGAGGUCACGUGAUGGAUGGAGCUAGCGAUGCUGAUAUUGACUUCCAAGCUUCAAGAACAUAUAUUGGUGGUAAAUGGUAUGGGUUUAAAGAUAGUGAAAGUUCUAUAGAGAAAUAUGAAUGGAGAGUUGGUACUAGUAAAGGUGGUAGUGAGAUAUUGAAACCAGAAAGUUUACCUGUUAUAGAAAUAAUCUACAGAUCUAAUCUGCCUCUUCUACAACAUUUACCUGUUGGUAUACCGCUCUAUAUUACUGUCACAGCUUAUAAUAAAGCAGGUUUAAUCGUUGAAUCAACAUCUGAUGGAUUUAUAAUAGAUACAACACCACCAACUGUCACCAAACAUUUAACUUUAUCAUCAACAUUCGCUUCCAUUCUACCAUCAACAAUAAUAUGUAGAACAGGAUUUAAAGUAGAAUGGAAAUUUACUGAUGUAGAAUCAGAUAUUGAACAUCAGUACAUUUCAUUUUCACCACAUUUACUUGGUGAUUUCAAUUCUUCAACAACAGAGAUACCAAGUGUUCUAAAAGAAUAUGUAUUUAUUAUAGAUACCGAGUGUUCUAAAAGAAUACCGAGUGUUCUAAAAGAGUAUGGAUUUAUUAUAGAUACCGAGUGUUCUAGAAGAAUACCGAGUGUUCUAGAAGAGUAUGGAUUUAUUAUAGAUACCGAGUGUUCUAAAAGAAUACCAAGUGUUCUAACAGAGUAUGUAUUUAGUGGUUUAUCUCUACAUGAUGGUAGUAAAUACAGGGUAAAGGUUAUCGGUUGUAAUUUAGCGGGGUUAUGUACAUCUUCUGUAUCAGAUGAUAUUUUAGUUGAUACAACAGCUCCGACUAGAGGAACCUUCGCAAUAGAAUCGAAUCAUGCUGCCAAUAUAAUCAGACAUCCCGGUAGAUGGAUCGAAUGGAACACUACAUCAUUGACUAUAGCUUGGCUGGGAUUUUCAGAUCUUCAUAGUGGUAUACAGUAUUAUCUUGUAUCUGUUGGUACCAAACCAUUUUACACUGAUUUAAAUAAGGAUGGUAAAGCUGUGCAAUAUUUCCACGAAGAUGGUAGAUUAUUUAAAAAUGAAGGAGAAGUACAGAUUAAAACAGUUGAAACAGCAGGAAAUCUUGUCCAUGGAAUGUCUGUUUUUAUAUCUAUUGUAGCUGUUAAUGGGGUAGGACUCAAAAGUAGACCAAUAUACAAUGAAUUUCAAUUGAUCCAUACUGAUCUCAGAACAAACAAAAAUGGUUCAUUGGUGAGAAGAUGUCAGCCAUAUAACUGUGAAGGUCAUUGUGUUUGUAGUGAACAAGAUAGAACAUGUUCUGAACCAGAUGGCUGUAUAACAAAUGACAGCGAUAUAAAACUAAUUCAAGUUAUAGAUGUAACUAAUCUACAAUCAACUGAUACAGUUCAAACUAAUUAUACAUUUACAAAUAUGUUUCUAUCUGCUAAUUGGAGACUCACCACCAGUACAACAUCUCAACCUAUCAGAUAUGAAGUAAGUCUAGGUCUGUCUGUAAAAAGCCAGCCCAGUAGCGUGUUUAAUUUAGCUACAGAACGACAUUGGUUUGAUGUUGGUCAAGAUAUGAGUACCAUUAUUACACUACCUAAAGGAGAUAUACAAAAAUCAUUGGGUUCUCUUUCUGGAUUUCCAUGGGCGAAAUAUCCCGGAGAAAAACAUCUUCCCGGUCAUAAUUACACGGGUUCAGGUACCAGGUUAGAUCUGCGAUUAGACGAAAACGAUAAACCCAAACCCGGCGAAGAACCAGUCAAUAGAGUUGACGCCGCUGCGCUUAAACUUCAGACACGAAGCAGACAGGCAAAUGAUAAUCGAACUUGA